AUGCAGAACCUCGCGCCGUCCGCGGCCGCCGAUGAUCCAUCCGCUCGCAGAGCUUGCGACCAAUGCCGUCUUAAAAAGAUUCGCUGUGAUAAAGAGUGGCCUUGUUCCAACUGCAGAACAGCGAAGCGUACCUGCACUUCUACUGGUGCUGGGCAACGACCAAAGGAGCCACGACAACGUGUUCUAAUAUCAUCACAAUACGAGAGAAAGAUUGACCAGAUCGAAACCCGCCUAGGUAACAUCGAAGCUCUCCUCAAGAACAUUUCAAGUUCUACAGCCACAGAUGCCUCCAAGUUUAUACACACGCCAGCAACGACAACAACAGACUUCAAUAACAUCCAAACCACCUCAUCCAACGCCGACUAUGAUAGCGCCAGUGAAGAAUCAGCCCUCGGCGGCGACUCGGGGCUCACCGUGCACACCACCUUUGCGAGCGAGUUCCUUGAGCGUGCUGUCAAGAGAGCACCUCUACGAGCUCUGAACCCUAAGAUGGAGACUGCUCUUACCAAUCUCAGCCAGCUCGUCGAGAUGCAAAAGAAGCGUUCUAUAAGCCAUGGGCCUCGCUUCCCGUUGCAGCAGCCCGUUCCUCCGGGGGGAGUGAGCAAGCUGGCGAUGCCACCGCAAGGAACUGUGGCUGCUCUUCUGAGACAUGUCAAAACCGCCCCUCCUACCUUUUUCACCAUCCUCUGCACUCUAGUCGGCAUAAAGGACUUUUCAGAGCUCUGCAGCGCCGUCUAUUUCCCUACCGAGGACUAUCCAGACGCUACCUUUGCCGUGGUCAAUGCCAUGCUGUAUAACCUCUUUGUAGAGCAACACUCGCUGGCAAAAGAGGAAGCGGUGCGAGAAGAGUAUAGCAAAUACGUCAUCAUCUGCAAGACGAAUCUGGAGACGACGCUGGCCAACUUUCCGCUUUUCCUGUCGCCAAAGAUUGAGAAUGUGCAGGCAUUGCUGCUUGGGUGCCUCUAUGCUAUCGACGUCUCCAGACCCUCUGUAGCCUGGCAUCUCAUCACAAUGGCAGCCUGGCUCUGCCAAGCAGGCGGUUACCAUCGAACAGAAUCGCUCAGAAACGACCCUCCGCUUGUUGCGCGGCAAAAGAAGAUUGUCUUCUGGCACGUCUAUACCUUGGACAAGGGCUUGGGCCUAAGACUUGGACGAGCGUCGGUGAUUGCAGAAUGUGACAUUGAUAUUCCACGCGAGUUUGAAGUGAACGGCUUUGAUCAUCUAACCUCAACGACGUUUCCGACCUUCCCGGUCGCCCUAGCAAGUCCUCAGGCUGAUCUGAUCCAACGAGCCCAAGCUCUGGCUGCCGAAAGCAGCAAGCUGGAGAUUGAAACAGAUGAGACGCGCGAAAAAGUCUAUACGCUGCUGAAAUCGAUAGGAACUUCGGAAGUUGUAGAUGUCUUUAUCAAAGGCGACGAAGUCCAGUUCUAUGUCACCAAGACGCUCAUCUAUCGAGUUAUUCCGGCACCAGAAGGCUCCAUUACUCGAUUUUGCGACGAGUGUCUGGAUGCGGCACGCCAUGCCAUGAAGACACACCAAGAAUGCGUUGUGUUCAUGGAUAUCAGCACCUAUAUGCGAUCCAUGUAUAUCCACUGGAACCUCUUACUAACACCCUUUGCCCCAUUUUUCGUUUUAUUCUGCUAUGUUAUUGAAACAUCUUCGCUUGCAGAUCUUAAAGUUCUCCAAGACUUUGUCAACUCGCUCGAAGGGGCAAAAGGGCUCUCAGAGCCCAUUGACAAGCUCUACCUGCUUUGCAAAGUCAUGUUUGAUAUCGCCAAGCUGUACGUGGAAGCCAAGACUCAGCAGCAGCAAGACGAAAACUCCAUCUCCAUCGGGGACGAAUUCGAGAUGUACCUGAGCCAACUGGGUUUCAUCCCUAACGAGGAUCAGGUCAUGGCCAAUGCCAGUACCAACGAUGCUGGCGUGCCGACUCAAGGCAGUGGCCAGGUAUCACAGCUGGCUGAUUGGUUUUUCGGUAGCCGCAACAUGAUUGGCCUGUUGGAAGAGGAUCUCUCUCAGAUAGACUCCCAUAGGUGGAUGCAGCCUGAUGAUGAGAUGUAG